AUGCUGAAGCCGGGCGACCCGGGCGGCUCGGCCUUCCUGAAGGUGGACCCGUCCUACCUGCAGCACUGGCAGCAGCUCUUCCCUCAGGCGCAGCUGAAGGCUCCGCCGCCUCCACCCGACCGCCUCUCCAUCCCCAUGGACGGCCUGCGCCCGUCACGUCUGCACAGCCACCUCCUGGCCUCCACGCACUGCACCUCCUCUUCUACCUCCUCCUCAGCUGCAGCAGCUCUCACGCCGUCCUCCUCCUCCAUCUCCAUCUCCACCUCGGCAGGGCUCUCCCAGCUGCCCGUCCCGCAGCAGAUCGCUCUCUUCGGGCAGGCGCUGGCCCCCGCGUGUGCCGGGCCUGGAGGAGCAGGAGGAGGACCAGGAGGAGGAGGAGGACCAGGACCAGGAGGAGACCUUAUGGUGAUCGUGCCCCCAGACAACCAGCAGGGUCUACACCCGGCAGCGGGGCUUCUCCAUCAGGCCAAAGAGCAGAGCUGCAGCGGGGUUGGCGUGGUGUCGUCCAGCGGAGGAGGAGGAGGAGAGGAGGGCAGCAAACCGUCCAGGUUCAAGCUGACGUCGGAGGAGCUGGACUACUACCUGUACGGACAGCAGAGGAUGGAGAUCAUCCCUCUGAGCAACCAGACGGGAGAGCUCAACAACCGCUGCGACAUGUGUGCAGACAACAGGAACGGCGAGUGUCCGAUGCACGGCCCGCUGCACUCGCUCAGACGCCUCGUCGGCACCAGCAGCACCGCGGCGCCCGUCACGCUGCCCGACGUCCCUGAUUGGCUGAGAGACCUGCCCAGAGAGGUCUGUCUCUGCACCAGCACAGUUCCUGGUCUGGGUUACGGGAUCUGUGCCUCCCAGAGGAUCCCCCAGGGGACCUGGAUCGGCCCGUUUCAGGGGGUCCCCCUUCUGCUCGACAAGCUGCAUGCUGGAGCCGUCAGGAACAGCCGGCACCUGUGGGAGAUCUACGAUGCAGAGGGGACGCUGCAGCACUUCAUAGACGGGAACGACCCCAGCAAGUCCAGCUGGAUGAGGUACAUCCGCUGUGCCCGACACUGCGGGGAGCAGAACAUGAUGGUGGUCCAGUACAGGUCCUGCAUCUUCUACCGGGCCUGCAUGGACAUCCCCCGGGGCACCGAGCUGCUGGUCUGGUACAACGACUCGUACACCUCCUUCUUCGGCAUCCCGCUGCAGUGCGUCGCUCAGGACGAGAACCUAAAUGUCCCGACCACAGUCGUGGAGGCGAUGAGCCGGCAGGAGUCCCUUCAGUCCUUCAGCAAGAACGGCAAACCCUCCUCCUCCUCAUCCUCCUCCUCUUCGUCUUCCUCCUCGUCCACCCCCUCCGCCGCCCUCAUGCGCUCCAUGGUCUUCCCCCACUCCCCGUGCCCCAGGAAUUUCUCCCUCCUGGACAAGGUGGGCAUCGGGGUUCAGUCGGACGUCAGCUACGGCCAGCUGGGCUCCAAGAACCAGCGGGUCCUGGCGAGCCCGACCUCCACCAGCCAGCUCAGCAGCGACUUCAGCGACUGGCACCUGUGGAAGUGCGGCCAGUGCUUCAAGACCUUCACCCAGAGGAUCCUGCUGCAGAUGCACGUCUGUCCGCAGAACCCAGACAGACCGUACCAGUGUGGCCACUGCUCCCAGUCCUUCUCCCAGCCCUCGGACCUGAGGAACCACGUGGUGACGCACUCCAGCGACCGGCCCUUUAAGUGCGGCUACUGCGGCCGGGCGUUCGCCGGCGCCACGACGCUCAACAACCACAUCCGCACGCACACCGGGGAGAAGCCGUUCAAGUGCGAGCGUUGCGACCGCAGCUUCACGCAGGCCACUCAGCUCAGCCGCCACCAGCGACUCCCCAACGAGUGUAAACCCGUGAACGAGAGCAGCGAGUCCAUCGAGGUGGACUAA